AUGUAAUUGAACAAAUAAAAGAUUUUGACUAUUAUGACCUAACUGAAGAACAAAGUUUGUUAAUUGAUAAGUUAAUAUUAAAUGACGAAUUAAGAGACCGUUGUAGACAAUAUGGUUAAUGCAAAAAUUGUAAGCAGCCUAAUAUUGGUUAUGAUUGGUGUAAGUUAUGUAAUGCUAAGAAUUUUCAACAAAAUUUCAAAAAUUGGACUAGUGGAAAUCAUGAAGUUGACAAGUUUAUUCAAAAAACACAACUUAAAACUAAAGCUUGUCGUGACGUUUUAG